AUGUCCCUCCUCCGUAGAUCCAGUGUUUUCAGAAAGCUGCGGGCUGAAGGUUCCAAGAAAGUGACCGUUUUGAUUUCCGUGUGUUCUAAACUUUUGGCUCCUAACAUAAUUGUCGAGUCCAAGAAGGACGAGACAACUAAUGAUGUCCCUAGCACCGCUGGAGAGUCCAAGAAGGACGAAACAGCUAAUGAUGUCCCUAGCACCGUUGGAGAGUCCAAGAAGGACGAGACAACUAAUGAUGUCCCUAGCACCGCUGGAGAGUCCAAGAAGGACGAAACAGCCAAUGAUGUCACUAGCACCGUUGGAGAGUCCAAGAAGGACGAGACAACUAAUGAUGUCCCUAGCACCGCUGGAGAGUCCAAGAAGGACGAAACAGCCAAUGAUGUCACUAGCACCGUUGGAGAGUCCAAGAAGGACGAGACAACUAAUGAUGUCCCUAGCACCGCUGGAGAGUCCAAGAAGGACGAAACAGCCAAUGAUGUCACUAGCACCGUUGGAGAGUCCAAGAAGGACGAGACAACUAAUGAUGUCCCUAGCACCGCUGGAGAGUCCAAGAAGGACGAAACAGCCAAUGAUGUCACUAGCACCGUUGGAGAGUCCAAGAAGGACGAGACAACUAAUGAUGUCCCUAGCACCGCUGGAGAGUCCAAGAAGGACGAAACAGCCAAUGAUGUCACUAGCACCGUUGGAGAGUCAAAGAAGGACGAGACAACUAAUGAUGUCCCUAGCACCGCUCGAGAGUCCAAGAAGGACGAAACAGCCAAUGAUGUCACUAGCACCGCUGGAGAGUCCAAGAAGGACGAGACAACUAAUGAUGUCCCUAGCACCGCUGGAGAGUCCAAGAAGGACGAAACAGCCAAUGAUGUCACUAGCACCAUUUACGAGUCCUAG